CUAGGCUUUUCUUUCUUUUUUUCUCGUCCCCUUCUCUGAAAUAUCUUUCCACUGGGACGGAUAACUCACACCGACAUGUAUCCGCAUCCGCAUAACGUCCACAUGUCUGUACAGUAUGCAUAAUGCGCCCGCAUCCUUUCACCAUGCUUUCACCGUGCUGUACUUGUUUUUCUUUUUUCUUAUCCCCGCGCUUGCUCCGUGCCGCUCCCCGUAAACUGCUCCCUUACCCCUUUCUGUACCGUGCUGUUGGUCUGCUUGCCGAUAACCGAGAUGGGGGGGAGUGCGUGGCCUUUGUUUACCAUGAAGAAGGGGAUGAGACAGAUCAGAGACAGCCUGCAACUCAACUUACAGAUGGAUGUCUAUCUGAACUGAGACUCCUCGGGAGUUCCGAGACAUCGAUGCAGGCAAUCUGAUGUUGAAUGGAGAGACUACCUACCUAUCUACCUACCUAUCCACCACAACUUGCUUGCUUGGUUGAUGAACAUUUGGCGAUUCAUGGGUUCUGCUGCCGGAUGUGGAUUUGAUGGAAAAAGGAGGUGAGACCAUGUCUUUGUCUUACGGUCAUCUGUCAAGCUGAGCUGCCGAGGCGUUGAAUUGAAGACGUCGAGAGUAAGUGUGAAGACGACGUGCCCGUUGAGGUAGGUACCUAUAGAGGUAUGUAUGUGCUCCGUUCUUUCUCCCGAGUGCGACCACGAAAGAUACCGUGUUGAAUCCCAAAUCAUCUGCUGGUUAAUGCAUCCAGUCUACGAGAUGGACGCGCACACAGCUGACGCAGUCCUGCUCUCGGCAACGUCGUAAUCAGGCCCAGCUCACUAUUCCUUCGCAGUAUCGUGGCAUUUCGCCGCGGUUACUCAAAUUUGAAGCCAUGUCUUGUUGCUGUUGGUUAUGUUUGCUAGCAUAGCCAAGCGGCCAAGCCCAGGUGAAGCAAGGUGAGGAGGAGGAUUUGAUUCCAAAUGUGACCCCUGUCAUCCCCCACUGUGAGGCUGCAUCUCCCGUCCCGCCCUACCGCCCAUGUCGCC